UGCUCUGUGUACUGUAGCACCAUCAUCAUGCGUGAAAUUGUACAUCUGCAAAUUGGACAAUGUGGGAACCAGAUCGGCUCAAAGUUUUGGGAAGUGAUCAGUGAAGAACAUGGGCUCGAUGCAUCAGGCAUCUAUGAAGGAGACAGCCCCCUCCAGCUGGAGAGGGUCAACGUCUACUUCAAUGAGGCACACGGUGGUAAAUUCGUGCCCAGGGCCCUGCUCGUUGACCUGGAGCCCGGUACAAUGGACAGUGUAAGAGGGAGCCGCUUUGGGGGGCUUUUUCGGCCUGACAACUUCAUCCACGGGAACUCAGGAGCUGGGAAUAACUGGGCGAAGGGCCACUACACAGAGGGGGCGGAGCUGGUGGAGCAGGUGAUUGACAGAGUGAGGCACGAGAGUGAAAGCUGUGAUUGCCUGCAGGGCUUCCAGCUGGUUCACUCACUGGGGGGUGGCACCGGUUCUGGCAUGGGAACCCUCAUCAUCAACAAGAUCCGAGAGGAGUACCCUGACCGCAUCCUGAACACCUUCAGCAUCAUGCCCUCCCCAAAAGUCUCUGACACGGUGGUGGAGCCCUACAAUGCCACCCUGUCAGUCCACCAGCUCCUGGAGAACACAGAUGAGACCUUUUGCAUCGACAACGAGGCCCUCUAUGACAUUUGCUUCCGCACUCUGAAACUGACCACGCCGACUUACGGGGACCUCAACCACUUGGUCUGCAUGACCAUGAGCGGUGUCACAACCUCCCUGAGAUUCCCCGGACAGCUCAACGCAGACCUAAGGAAGCUAGCUGUCAACAUGGUGCCUUUCCCUCGCCUCCACUUCUUCAUGCCAGGCUUUGCUCCCCUGACGGCCCGUGGCAGCCACCAGUAUAGAGCCCUCACGGUGCCUGAGCUCACCCAGCAGAUGUUUGAUGCCCGCAACAUGAUGACGGCGUGCGACCCGAGGCGAGGACGCUACCUCACUGUUGCAGGCAUCUUCCGUGGCCAGAUGUCCACCAAACAAGUCGACGAACAGAUGCUUGCAAUGCAGCAGAAAAACAGCAACUACUUUGUGGACUGGAUCCCCCAUAACGUCAAGGUUGCUGUGUGUGACAUCCCACCCCGAGGCCUAAAAAUGUCCUCCACCUUCAUCGGCAACAACACGGCCAUUCAAGAGAUAUUCCGUCGUGUGGGCGAGCAGUUCUCCAUGAUGUUCAGACGGAAAGCUUUUCUCCACUGGUACACAGGGGAGGGGAUGGAUGAACUGGAGUUCACUGAGGCAGAGAACAACCUCAACGACUUGGUGUCGGAGUACCAGCAGUACCAAGACGCUACUGCUGAUCUAGAAUGGGAGAAGGAAGAGGAAGAAGAGGAGGGAACACAACAACAGGUUGGGUCUCGGAUGGAGGCUCAACAGUUCAAAACAGUGACUGAAACAACGGUAGAAACUGUAGCUGAGUAGAGGACAUAGGACAUCAGGUCGUGUGGUGUGUAUGUUUAACAACUUGUUGGAAUCAUGUGGAUAAAAAACAUGUGAUUGUUGGUCUAAAAAAGAACUCUUAUUUUGUAGUUUUAAUUGAUCAAAAUCAACCAUUUUAAUGAUUGAUUUGGACAGCCAGAUGCUGUCACGUAUUAAACAAUUAUUAUUGUCUUUUAUGUAUUCUUUCAAUGUUUUGCAUGCUUGAUAUGCUUGUUUCUGAGAGGUUCUUUCUUUGAUUGUAAAAAUGAGAAAAUUCAUGAUAUUGUUUGCAUGCAUAAACAGUAUGGAAAAGUGUAUGUUAUGCCAGCUCUAUAUAAUCCACAGCCAUAAAAAAUGAAAUUGUUAAAUUAAAACUGUGUCUAUAUUUUUGUCG